ACAGACCCCGAAGAGAAAGCGGGGAGAGCUUCCGACAAGUUUACGAGCCAGUGUCAGCGAUCCUCUCGUUAGUCGCUUUGUUACUAUCAGGAAACACCAACGCCCGGACCUUACUGCCAUCAUCGACCGGGAGCUGAGCGUAUGCAGCGGAGGAACGAUUAGUAUCAAUGUUUGUGGGACCGUGGCUUUGGCCGAAGACGUACGAAACAUUCUAAGGAAACCCAGAUUGAUGGAUAUUCUGAGGGGAGGGCCGAGUGUUGUAUUGCAUGUGGAAGCUUUCGGAAGUGCCUGACAGGUCCUCAUGGUGGUUGGAACGACGGGCCAUUUGGCUUGCGUUGCAUGUAUUAUUUCCAUAUGCCUGGCACCGCACCAUGCGGAAAUUUCAUGGAUACAUGAACAUAUCCUUUUAUGGGUAAUCCCUGGGCGUAAGAGUCAUACAUGGCCAACCGCACUCAUUUUCUCCCAAGUUGUAGACUCAUGGCGGGGGAAUCAACAGGGACUGCAUAUCGGGCAAAACCUGUCAAGCUUGAUUGAUAGUGAUAUUCAACUGGAAACGCUCGUGGUGUCUCUCGUGGUCACCACAUGUGUUCAUAUUGCUACACGAGUGACUAUCAUCCUUUAUGAAUUUGACUCCGGGGAGCUGCCUGAUAAUUCAGCCCAAGUCCACCCCUUUCGUUGCAUAAAUAUUCGUCUCAUCUUUUUGCUCUAUUCUAUUCAUCUAUCGGGCUGUACAUCUCUAACCAAACGAGCAUCACCCCAAGGAAUCGACGUCUCAGGAUAUCAAACCAGCGUCUCUUUCGCUUAUAUCAAGGCUACUGAAGGAAUGACAUAUACUAGCAAUGAGUUCGACAGUCAGUACAUCGGGGCAACUAAUGCCGGAUUGAUUCGCGGAGCAUACCAUUUCGCCCAUCCUGAUAGCAGCACGGGGGCUGCGCAAGCAAAGUUCUUUAUCGCCAAUGGAGGUGGUUGGUCAAAUGACGGGAUAACUCUCCCCGGGGCACUAGACAUCGAAUGCAUGUACAAUCCAAACGGCAAUACUUGCUACGAUAUGACGGCCUCAGCUAUAGUUGCUUGGAUCACCGACUUUUCGAACACAUAUCAAGCAUCUACCGGAUGAUAUCCAGGUCACGCACUUUGAUAUUUAUUUGGCUUUUCAACUAAUGAUGCCUCGAAUUUCAGUUAUUUAUACGACUACCAAUUGGUGGACUACUUGUACCGGCGAUAGUACGGUCUUCGGAGAUACUAAUCCUCUGUGGAUUGCUCGAUACUCAAGCAGCAUCGGAACCCUUCCAAGUGGCUGGAGUUAUACGACUUUUUGGCAGUAUGCUGAUUCUGGAACAAAUCCUGGGGACCAAGACAUUUUCAAUGGUGAUGCAGCUGGCCUGUCCCAGGUUUGCAAGUGGGUAGGUGUACCGUACAUAUUGAUGUUACUAUUGGAUUUUAU